AAUUAAAACUAACCCACCCAUAAACUUCUACCUACCUAAGUCCAAACGAAAAAACACCCAACUUCUAUCUUUUCAUUUCAUCUCCAAAGUUAUUAUAUUAAAAACAGAAAAUAAUAAUAAUAACUAAAGUUUCAAGAUUUACAACAAGAAUAGAAGAAGUUGAAGAACAGAAACAAACACGUUGGAAGUAGUUACACACACAAAAAAAACAGUUUCAUCUUAAUUAAGGUUCAAGACGCGAUGAUUAGCGCAAACUCAAAUUCCAAUUCCAAUUCCAAUGGCGGCGGUGGUGGUGUCGAUGAAAACGGCGAUAAAGUGAAAGGUUCAUGGAGUCCACAAGAAGAUGAAACAUUGGUGAAAUUGGUAAAUGAAUAUGGUGCAAGAAACUGGUCUGUCAUAAGCAACGGAAUCCCUGGCCGUUCUGGAAAAUCAUGCCGUCUACGGUGGUGUAAUCAGCUGAGUCCCGACGUUCAACACCGUCCAUUUACUCCGGCGGAAGAUAACAUCAUAAUUCAAGCGCACGCAGUUCAUGGAAACAAAUGGGCGACGAUUUCGCGUCUUUUACCAGGUAGAACUGAUAACGCGAUUAAAAAUCACUGGAAUUCGACUCUCCGCCGUCGUCGUACGGAGGCGGCGACGGUGACUCCGAUAAUGCCGGUGGUUUCAUCCACCGUGAAUAUCGGAAAACGUGGGUCGAAUAUGUAUGACGGUUAUAAUAAUGGUUUGUUGGAUCUCGGUUACGGUUAUAAACGGCAAUGUGUUGAGAAUAAUAAUAAUAAUAAUAAUAAUAAUAAUAACGGUUCACGUGACGGUGAAGAAACGGUUACGGAAGAAGAAGAUGCGGGUAAUGGUGUUACGGUUAUGACGUCGUUAAGUUUGUUUCCACCUGGUGAGAAAUUGAUCAAAGAAGAGAAAGAGAAAAAGGAAAAGGAACGAGAUUUUGAUUUUGAUGAUAAUUUGAAGUUACUGGGAAAUGAUAAUUUGAGGUCGAUUAUUCAGCGUAUGAUAGCAGAAGAAGUUAGGAAUUAUGUUGAUAACCUUGAUGGGUUUCAACUUGGAACUCCUGAUUCAAGAAAGUGAAAAAAUUUGAUUUUUUUUUUUUUUUUUUUUUUAAUUUUGUUUAAUCAUGACAAUUUCUAGUUUUAUAUGUUUUUGAAGUUACUUUUGUUAUUUAAUCUAAUUUAGAAUCUCUUGUUAAUA